AUGAGCAGGGAGGCAAAGGGUGUUCUCCAUGACAUCAGCAGCCCCUUCUUUGGACAUUCUAUUGUUUCCUGGAGAAUUCUUGGCAUCCCUUGUGAUGUCAUCAGUGUUGUAGUAACCACAAGUGCACUGAGCUCUCUCAGUCAGUGUCUACAGCAUAUGUCCAUAGACAUGCUUUCCCGACUGAGGAGAGUUUUUGGAAGAGCAGCCUUGGAUGGGAUAGAAACUAGAGAGAGGCAGAAAGUAGCUGGCCUCUCAUCUGGGAAUAAUGAAGGACGAAGGAGGUGGUCUUGGAGAAUGUGGAGGGCUGGCAGACAGACAUCAUCCUCUGCAACUGUGCUAAGCAAGAAACAGGCCAAGAAAGAAGAAAAGAGGCUGACCAAAGAGCUGGAGCUCUGUACCCAGGAAAGAAAUGAGCUGAGAGACCGCUUGAUCUAUGUCACAGAGGGAUCCAUGAACAAGAGACCCUAUUACAGCCCAAAUCCACUGUAUGAGAAAUUGAAGUUAAAGGAGAAGACGAUCAUGACUUUCCUGCACAAACUAGAGAUGGACAACAUUGAGUGCACUGAGAACUUUGAGGAGCACAAGAAGGAGAUUAACUUCUAUAGAAACCUGCACAGUCGGCUCCUGUUGCAGAAUUCCCUUGUAAAGAAGACAUUGGUCACACUGAAGAAGGACUGCAAGGAAUUACAGGCUGACUGGUACCUCCUCCAACAGAACUUGAUUGAUAUGAACCUGAAUUGUGAAGAUGAACAGGAGGAGACCAGCAACCUCCAGGAACAACAACAUCAGGUCUCAGAAACUGCAAGAGAGCUGGAAUUGGCUAUAUCCCAGGAAGAGAGCCUCCUGAAGAAUGAGUUGCCACCUCAGGAGCCCCCUGCUGAGCUCCAGCCUCAACAGCCAGAGAGUUCCUUGGAUGAGUCUCCUUCCUCACAGAUCAUAUCUUCAGUGUAA